AAUUGUGACGGCGCAAAAUGAUUGGCAUCUGUCUCGUCCAAUCGUGUGGCGAAUAUUCAAACUCAGAGCCAAUGGGCUUUGAGUAAAGUGUCCCCUCCUGUCUGCGUGUUGCGAAGGAGUUUCAGACCUGGAGCACGAGACGUCCAGUGUGCGCCUUUCACUUUUUUUUUUGUGUACUGUGAGGAAACAUCAGUGAACCUUUGUUCACAUUUCCCCCCCCUCGCAUAUUCCUUAUUCGUCUGCUGGAAGAUAAUCAAGAGUGUUUAUCUUUGUAAACUUAGUUGUCCAGUUUGCUUCCUUUGAUCCAUCGAUACACAUUUUGAUGGUGUUUGUCGUUGCGCAGACGGCUGCUUUUACCUGUCUGAGAUCGAUUUAAAACCCAGAGGCUGCGGUAAGGUCUCUGAGUCUUUAAAACAAAAGCGUGAAACUGUCAGCUGCACGUGAGUGAGGUCUGCCGAGUGUACGAGUCGUGCAGGAUAAUCGUGCGUGUUUCGAAUAGUAAAAAUAAAACCGGUGAGUGGUUUACGAGAAUGACAGACGAGAAGUGGCUUUGUGGUGCUGUCGAGUUUAUUCCAGGUAAGUGUAAAUUCUGAAGGGCCGACCCGCACUGUUGUUGACUUUCUAAUUUUCAUAACUUUGACGGGAUGUCGCUCUCAGGUCGGGCAUUUCCGGACAGGGACGUUUAAAAUCACACAUCUUUCAGUCCAGCUGCCGCGUGAAUAUAUAAUAGAUGGUGAGAGAAAUAUACAUGCGGCAGCUGGACUGAAGGAUGUGUGUCGAAUAAUAUAAGAAAGUGGAUAUUUAGACUGUGAAUAGAUGUAAAAGGACUGGCUGCGUUUAAUUUGGGGUUCACUGUUUUUGGAGGUGUGGCGAAGUCGCGAUGACAGACCGUUAGAGAGCAGCUCUACUUCGCCAUCCUCCAGCAGAGGAUCCGCAGCACCGCGGACAGACACUGUUUCUGCAUCGACGACGAGCUCUCAUACGAGAACUUUUAUGCAGACUUCGGUCCUCUCAACCUGGCUAUGUUCUACCGCUUCUGCUGCAAGCUUACAAAGAAGCUGAAGACUUUCACUCUGGCAAAGAAGAAAAUCGUUUUUUAUACGUGUGGUGAUCAGAAGAAGCAAGCAAAUGCUGCUUAUCUUAUUGGAUCUUAUGCUGUGAUGCACCUACAGAAGACACCUGAAGAAGCAUAUAGUCUGCUGGUGUCCCGAAACGCCACCUACCUCCCUUUCAGGGAUGCCUCAUUCGGAACCUGUGUGUACAACCUUUAUAUCCUGGACUGUCUGCAUGCAGUUGAAAAGGCAUUACGAUAUGGCUGGCUUGACUUCUCCAAAUUUGAUGUGGAGGAAUAUGAACACUAUGAGAGAGCAGAGAAUGGAGACUUCAACUGGAUAGUCCCAGGGAAGUUUCUAGCAUUCAGUGGCCCCCAUCCCAAGAGCAAAAUUGAAAAUGGCUACCCUCUCCAUGCCCCGGAGGCCUAUAUUCCUUACUUCCGGAAGCACAAUGUGACCACUGUUAUCCGACUCAAUAAGAAGAUGUAUAAUGCCAAGCGGUUUACAGACAAGGGCUUUGAGCACUACGACCUGUUCUUUGUCGAUGGGAGCACACCAAAUGAUGCCAUCGUCAGCAAGUUCUUGAACAUCUGCGAGAAUGCGGAGGGCGCCAUCGCCGUUCACUGUAAAGCUGGCCUGGGCAGAACCGGCACGCUCAUAGGGUGCUACAUGAUGAAGCAUUAUAGAAUCACGGCUGCUGAGGCCAUUGCCUGGAUCAGAAUCUGCAGGCCAGGCUCCAUCAUUGGGCCACAGCAGAACUUUGUACAAGAGAAGCAAGCCAGUCUCUGGGCAGAGGGUGACCUCUACCGCGAGAAGAUAAGAGAGCAGGAAAACGACUUGAGCCAAAUGGCAGUUACAAGAAUCCUGUCUGGGGUGGAUGACAUAUCAAUUAAUGGCUUCAACAAGGACCAGACAAUGCCCGGGAAGCAGGAAGUAGAGCAGUAUGACGAUGAGGAUGAGAGAAACGGGAUCACACAGGGAGACAAACUGCGAGCACUGAAGAGUAAAAGACAGGCACGAGCAUCGACAGGCUCCUUGUCGUUAGAAGAGAAUAAAAUUCACACCAGGUCCUCAUCACAGUCCCUAAGGAUUAUUUUGCAGUCCACUGUACAAACUCCAAAGCGUGUAAAACCUGCUUGCCUCUCUAAUGGUACCAACACCAGGAGGAGGUCAAGGGCUUCAACAGGACAAAACAGUGUUGGGAGCCCGUUAAAUGCAGGGCUAACCAGAUCCGUAGGCAGCUUGCACGCCCUGGCUAGUGAGCAGGAUGCGAUGCAUGGAAAGCCAAGGUCAGGCCUUAGGGUCACAGGCAAUGCAGCUUCCCAGAUGAGCAGCCAAAAUGCCAAAAAUACAAGCCACUGCGGUCCCAAGGCAGCUGCAGAUAGCUCCUCCAACCCCCUCAGUGGGCGCAGUCCAGGCCUGUCCCAAUUAGCAUCCAGUGUCCAAGGGAAGGAGAAGGCGAUGCCCUUUGCAAUCGAUGCGCUUUACGAGAAUAUGUCACUCCAUGCCAAAAGCUAGAGCACCUCUUCUCCGGUGAGAUUCUUCAGAGGAUGCCUCGUGGGACCUCAAUCCUUUAUAAAUGCCAAACACAGAAUAGAGAGAAGAAUUUCACUGCAGCAGUCCCAGUUUUCCUUAUUAGACAUGAGAUUUCAGGUGUUCAAAAAGGGAUUAACUGUACAUUUGGACUUUUCCCCACUCAUAACUUUUUAUGCUGAUACUACACAUUUUGGGGGCUAGGGCAAUGUAAAGUUUAAAGCUGAGCAGUUAAAAUGACUCCUUGGGAACUGUUCGAUGUCUGUUUCCCUAGAACAUCCUUUUCAUUUGUUUAUUUUUUUUAAUCAUGGUUGGUAACCUUAGAACCAGUGGUACUAAAAUGUGGCUUUUGGUUCACAUUUUUAGUUUACAUUUAUCUUCUAAAAAGAUGCUUUCUUGUAGCUAUACUGUACAUACUAAUGCAAUCCUUUAUUUGCAUGAAGCUUCUAGCCAGUUAGAAUUGAGCUACUGUACUUUAUACUGUAAAUAGGUAAAAGCUGAGUAUACUUUAACAGAUGUUAAUUUUAUAUGUGUAUAUACUUUUAUUUGGUACUUUAUACUGGAUUCAUUUAUUCAAAUCAAGCUCAUGAAUGUUGAACUGUAACUGGUAUCAUGUAUCAAAAAAAUUUGUAAACAGAAAAUGACAGCCAAUAAAGGCCUGCCAUCCUCUUA